UUUGUUUGGUAAAAAGCAGCUGAUAUGAAGCUGUCAUAGAUCAAAUGCGUAUCUGUUGGGGAAAAAUGAAUUCGUAGUGAUCAAUGAUGAUUUAAUUGUUUACUUUUUUUAACAUCGAAGUUGAUUUUACAUAUUUUAUGUGAUUAUAAUUGAAGUAUAUGGGCUCGCGAGCAGAACCGGCGCAGAAGUGAUACAUUUUAUCAAACUCGUGACGCGCCCUGUCAAUCAAAUGCUGCUAAAGUGUUGCGCUUCUUCAUAGUUCCAGAAAUUCAAUUUACCUGAUUGAUCAUUUAUUACUAAAGACCGCUAAUCUGGAAUAUCAUCUGGACUGGGAGGCAUCGCGUGCCUGACAGGCUAUUUCGCAAUAUGCAGCUACACUGAUUUUCUCUGUUGUUUUAGUUUGUGUCCAAAAUCUGUUGGGUUGAAUGCAAUAUUGUGCUGGGGUUUUUAAAUACCACCAUGCUGCGAUGGAUUCUGGGCGGUCGGGAUGCGCAGGGGGCAGUAGAGAAGAGCGCAGUGCUGUUCAUUGGGGAGGAACAGCCCAAAAACUGUUUCACGGAGAUGCAGGUGCUGAAAGGACACUUUGACAUUGUUCGAUUUCUGGUGCAGAUUGAUGACUUAAGGUUUGCAUCAGCAGAUGAUGAUGGCCUGGUUCUUAUUUGGAAUGUUGAGACAGGUGAUUGUUUAUUGGAGUUGCGCGGUCAUACGCAACAGAUCACUGCAAUGAUGUCAUACACCCUCAUCAGAGGCGGAAACGUGCAUACUGCGCUCAUUACCGCAUCAUCAGACCGUACACUCAGUUUAUGGGAUCCAGACACAGGAAACAGAGUUCAGAAUGUGUCUGAUCUACAGUCCUCUGUGAAGUGUUUGCUAGUGUUGGAUCGUUUAAAUGUGUGGCUCUCAGGUGGAAAUGAACUGUGUGUGUGGAACAGAGACUUUGAUCUGCAGUGUAAAACUGUUCAUCACAGCGAUGCAGGUAUCUCGGCCAUGGUGGAAAUCCCGAAGAACUUCAUAGCAGCUGCCAUAGAUAAAGAGAUUGUGAUAUUUAAGUUGAACGUGUCUGGUUCAGAUAUUGCUGUUAUGGCCGUGCGGCAUCUAGCUGACCACCAGGACACAAUCCGAUCUCUGAUCAAGAUCAAUGAUAGAUUAUUUGCGAGCGGCUCUCAUAUUGGUGAGCUCAUCCUCUGGGAUUCUGUUGAUUGGACAAUCCAGGCUUAUGAGCUCAUUCUGUGGGAGGAGCCAGUGGGAGAUGAGGUCCGACUGACCAACCAGAAACAGAUUGAGAGGUCCAUUCAACACAUGAGCUCUGAUGGAGAGAUAAUAGUGGCAGCUGUGGGCAGUGGUCUUUAUGUUUAUAAUGUGCCAAUGAAGAGUGUAGUGGCAUACAGGAAGAUCGCUCAUGAUUCUAAUAUCUUACACACCAUGCUGCAGCAAGACGGGCAGUUAAUGUCAUGCUCUGAGGAUGGUAGUGUAAGGAUAUGGGAGUUACAGGACCUCCCCUUAACUGCUGAGCCAGCAUCCUCAGGAUUUUUUGGGAUGUUUGGCACCUUUGGCAGGUCCAGUAAACAGAACAGUCCUCCUGCCAAGAAACUCCCAGCAGUCCCAGGUCUGCGCUCGCUGGAACUGACAGGCGAUCUGAUUGGUCACUCCGGAGCUGUGCAGAUGUUUCUGAGUUUCAAGGAGAAGGGUCUGGUCACCUGCUCCACGGAUCACCUGGUCAUCGUGUGGAAAGAUGGAGAGUUGCAGUCGCAGCUGCGCAGUCUCGCCCUAUUCCAGAAACUGGAGGACAACCAGGGACUAUGAAAACUUAUUCCCAAGCCUGGGAUCAGUUUCUGUGUACUGAAAGCACAAUUAAAUGCAUGCAAGUACAGUUUAACUGUUGAACACUUUUCUUUGCCUUACAGACUCUUGACCUGAUGUUAGUGUUUUAACUUCAUUGUCACAAUGUGCUUUAAAACAUUUAUAAUAUUAAGAAAUAUUAAGCAUUGUAAUUUUAACUUGAUGGUUUUAUAAAUGGCUGUUAAGUCAGUGUGUUUAUUGGAAUUUUUAAAAACAUGUAGUUUUGUAUAUACGAGGUGAUUGACGUGAUAUGGUAAUAUUUUGUGUUGUUUAUCUUAUACAAUUGUAACAUUGAAUGUAUGCUUGUGUAGUCUUUGGUAACACUUUCCAAUAUGUUUCUAUAUGUUAAUAUUAGGUCAUGCGUUAUGUAUCAUGAAUUAACAAUAAACAAACUAUUUACAGCAUUUAUUAAUCUUGGUUUAUGUUGAUUUAGAAAUAUACUAUUAAUUGUUAGUUCAUAAUAUAUUAACAUAUACAACUUUCAGUGUUAUCUGAAAUUAACCACCCAAGAUUAAUAGAUGCUGUAAUAGAAAAUAAUUGUUUAUUUUUAAUGCUAACAUGUACAAUCUUAUUGUGAAGUAUUACAUUAGCAAGACUGCAGUUGAUUUAAACUUGGUGUGUAAAUGUGAAUUCAGAUCAAAGACUUCGAAAAGAAUUGCAAAUCUUUAUUUUUGUGUGUGUCACAAACACAAAGGUUUCAAAGUUGGAGAGACAUCUCCAAACGACAGUAAAUGUAGACAAAACGAACAACAGUAAAGCAAAUUUUAAGCAACAAAGAUACUUUUGUACAACUGACAAUAAAAUAUAAACCUUCAAAAGACAAAACAAAACCUUUAGAAUGACAUGUGGUAAUUUUUUACUCCCAGUAAUAUUGUAUUUGUUCAUUAAAAAAUAUUGUAUAUACACUUGCACAGGGGAUAAUGCAGUUUUGUACAUUCCCCAUAGCUAUUCGUCAAAAAUACAGUAAUUGGCACAAUCUGAAUCCAAUGCAGUUAAUGUGUACUAAUCAAACCUGUCCAUGUGUAUUUUAGUUCUCAUGACCCACCCCUAAUUAUUAUGUCAUUGUAGGGCCAUAAUGGCAUGCCAGCAGGAGAGCUUUGAUAGUGAGGGUGUAUAGGAUGUAUAGCAUCUGAAAAUAAUCAACACAACAUUCAAAUAUGACCAGGUACUGUUAUAUAGCUAUUAUGUGACACAAUUAAUUAUCUUUAAAAAAAAAAAAAAGUUUAUUUAUACAAUUUUCUUUUUUUGGUGAAAAAUACUUUUGGUUGUUGCAAAAUGAAAGUGUUGAAUUACAACACAAAAUGGUCUGUGCACGGAGAUCUGAAAUGGUUUUGGCUGCACCGACUGCGAUAAUGGAGGAAAACAAGAAAACGUGCUUCCCGUUCGCAUUUCUGCAAACUUUCCAUGGAGACACGUGAGAGAAUUUAAAGUCCAUUUGAAAUAACAAACAGCUGAAACGGUGAUAAUGAACUUUAAGAACAAGUCUCAGAGAAUACAGUAAUAACUCUUCAUGUCUCAUUAAAGGAAUAGUUUAAUAGUGGGAAAAAUGACAGCGGGCCACGGUCAGAUUAUUUGUUUAGCCAAUCAAAAGACUUGAAGCACGUUCUACCUGUCAAUCAUUCAGCGCGUUUACAGGGCAGGCCAUGUAUGAUCCAAAGGAAGCUGAGGGAACUUGACGGGUUGUCCGUUUGUCGCGUGAGAACCCAAGUUUGCUACCGUUGCUUUUGUCAACUAGCUGUGCAAGGUCAGUGUAACUGGGUUUGCUGACACCAAAUUACAUAUUUAUUUUUCUUAUCUGUGAAACUAAGAAGCUCUCCUGCGUCAUCUCUCAUUAGCUCACAGGCUAAGUCUCACGGAAGUUCUAGAACGGCUAACAUCGCAUACAGCACCUUUAAUAUCACAAUGGAACUUUGGAAUCAAAGAAUGAAACAACAAUGGCUGCCAUAGCAAGACGUUCCAUUUGUAAAAUAGGAGCCAGAAUGUAAUCUCACCCUCAACGCUAAGUGAAUGACGGCAGGUCUAGCCUGUUGUGUGUUGAUAAGACAUUAAGGCAUGUUCCUGAAUCCAGUCUCUAAAAUCAUUACCUUUUUAUAUCUGGAAAAUAGUCCAUAUAAAUUCAUAGAUAAACAUCUGAACUUGAAAAGAGAUUCAUGUUGUACAUAUUUUCUUCUAAAUUGCCUACAAACCCUGUGUCUGACAGGAAAAUGAAACCGUUUGUUCUAGGGCAGGACAAUGCUGGUCUACAGGAGCCCUGAUUUGACAUACAGUAGCUACAUAAAGACAGGAAGAGAGAGAACGAGAAGGGAGAAGGACAGGAAAAGAGGGGAAUAGAUACACAUUUUAUGACAUACAUUGCCAUUAAAAGUUCUAUACAACGUUUUAGAAUGUUCUAUGGCUUAUCUCUCUUGGUUCUAAGCCCAGAAACAGAGCCCAAAGACCAAACGGAUCACAUCAAAACUCACCUGAGCUGUAGACCAAAAACUCUCCGUGCACACACACAAACAUAAAGAAAAGCGGAUCAGUAGUGCAAGAUGAAUUUGUUCAUUGUGGAAUCUCAGAGCCCAUUAGAGACAAACAAACAAACAUACAAGAUCUCUUAAAUACCUCAAUUGUGUCUCAAAGACAGACAAUUGCUCCAUUACCAUUAUAAGAUACCAAGGUCUGCAAGCAAAAGUAAAUUCAACUCAAAUAAUUCUCAUUAAAUUCCUCCAAGAUUAAAAUAUUUGAGCUAUGCCAUCCAUGCUCAUUUUAUAGCUCUAACUCUAGGUCACCAAUUGAUUAAUUUGUUUCCAUUUUAUUUCUCACAAAGUUGAUACUAAAAUAUACUGUACAUAGCUGUGAACUAUCUAAUCUCAUGUGCUAUCAAAGAGCAAAUUCUGAGCAAUAUUUUUGUUCUUGAAGCCAUUGAUAGAGAAGUGUGUAUUUCACCUUCGCAAAAUGUUACUGUGCCUUUGGUCAAUCAAUACAGCCAUACAAUGGAGUUGGUCUUCAGCGUGCACAAACAAACUAUACACAGCAUCAACAUGGACAAGGAUGUGCAACUGAAACUAGUUUCAUUUUAACAACACCAAUACACAACAUGAUGUUGUGCAACCUUAUUGUGCCGACAUGAAAGAACAUUUUGGAAUAAAAUUAACUGUUGUGCAAUAAAGUAUGGUUUGUUCAUUUCUUAAUCGCUCUUUAAUCAUCUAAUAAAGACCAUUUAAAAAAUAGCAUGUGGGGUUUUGUUUUGGAUUUCUUGAACACGGAUCAUUGAUUAUACUACAAUGAAAAAUGAACAAAACAUUUUAUCUGAGUAAACAAACAAACAUGUUUGGGAGUUCUUUGAUACUUGUGAUAACUUCAAUGGUUUUCCAGAAUGUUUGCAGUUGUCUGACUUUACCACUAGAGGGUGACCAGUGCAUUCCUUAUUAUUUUCACUGUAGAUCAUAUUUAAACUUUUGACAACUCUUAGCAAACCUGACAUAUCUUCUAUAUACAGUUGCACAGUCUGUGCAGCUCUAAAUAAUUUAAUAAAUGGGCAAAACUGUAUAUACACCCUAAAGCUGUCGAUUGGCCAUAUGUGGUAUUAUAGCAGUGUUAAACAUUGAUUUUAAAAUAAAAUGCUGGAACACUUUCUAUGAAGCAUGUACAUUAUAAAGGCAUUUUAAAUGCAUUAUAGUACAUUCAUUAUAUCAUAUAAUACAUCUGAUCUGUAUAAUUACACCGUAAAUAACUUAACCUCCUGAGACCGAGCAUGACUGUAAUAGCACCUAAUAAACAUGCAAAACAAACAAACAAAAAAGUUCUAAAGCAAUCAGUUUUCUUGACAUACAAAAAUGUAUGUCUACAUAUGUGGACGGUGGGACUAAGUUGUAAAUACAAAUUUUAAUAAUACCAAGAUAUAGAAAGUUUUUUUAAUCAUAUUGUUUAUUAUGUUUCCAGGAGUGUUGGUUAUUCAUGUUUUUGAGACGUUACGGACAUAACUGCUGAUUUUCAGUAAAGCUACUUUGGAACAAUGUGUAUUGAGAAAAGCACAAAUAAAAACUAUACAAAUAAAAAUGAUAUGACUUGAUUUGACAUUUAUAUUUCAAUGUUUUUUUUUUCCUACUUUGGCAACAAAAUAUCAAUGUUCUCCCUUUGUGCUGUCAAGUAUGUACUGUACAUACUUACCAGAUGUAGUUUUGUUGGCAUUUCCCCAAUAUACAAACUCCGCUGUGAUCAGUGCCUUGUUGUUUUGUCACAUCAUUCUGUACAUCAAAAGUUUAACCCUUUACUGACAGCACAGAGUCUUCCGAACUUGGAUCAGUCAGUUUAAUUUAAAUUAAAUUAUGCGUUACGUAUAGAGAAGCCAAAAUACAACAUUCACGCAUGUGUUCGUGAGGUUGCAUGAGGUUAAACCACUGUUAAAAUGCACUUUGUAAAAUCGUAGUGGGAUACAAAGAAAAGCCAUUAUAAAUACAUUUAUAAAAGAAAGACCUUGAUGUAGAAGUUUCGUAAAACACAGAUAGCCGAGAUUUAUUUUCGUCAUUACUGAUAAGCAUCCCUACUCUGUAAUGCAUCAAGACUAUUUUUUUUAAAUCCAUUAUUUAUACAAGCUUCAUAGAAAGUGUUACUGAAACCACACCUCAACUAUUAUGAUCACAUUAAACAAAAAGAAAAAAGAGAGGGAAACAGAUAAAAUCAGGAAUGAUGAGAGGACAGGAAAGAAAAAAAAUCAAAACCCUGCAAGCUGCUCCAAAUGCACCAUCAAACUCUGCCGUCCAGAGCAUUUUACAAUAUCAUUGUAAAAGCAAAAAAAUGCUGCCAUCUUACAAGACCAUAGUAGAAUAACCAAACUUUGUGAUGUAAAGGUAACGUUCUCAUGAUCCUGCUCAAGUGCUCUUUAUGACUGAGUCCACACAACACAUAAAGACUAGAGGGCCAAACUUCUACCAAACAUAAACAUUUCAUAAAUUCCAACUAAGCCUGUCUAUGAGCCAACACUGUUUAGAUACAGUGUGCAUCCAUCUGUUUCACUUAGAACAUGAAAUAUUACGUGUUAAAUUUGUUUUUCUUAUUUGGUAAAACAUUAGGUGUAUUUGAAAAAUGUCCAAACACUCACAGGUCAGUGUCACUGACUGAACAAACUUAAACAAAGUCAUGUUUUGUUCAAAUAGAGAAAAUCUUUCUUUCUCAGUCCCUGUCACAAAUUUUAAAUGGUUUCAGCUAAACAUUUGUUAAAAACUUGUUCAUUUGUUAAAAAGCAAAUUUUUUUUUAUUAUAAACACACCUUUCACGAUGGAUUCAUUCCAAUCAAGACAGUACAGACAAACUAUGGCUGUUUGUCUAGGUAAAAGUAGACCAGAGCUUCCGCUGCAAUAUACAUCCUAGCUCCUUGGUAAAUACUUAAAAAUGGUAUAACACUUAAAACAUGUGCGAGCCACCCAUCAACAUGAGCGAAUGUCAGCGUAUGGGUGGUCUUGUAGAGGCUGUGCUGUAGUUUAGGUUCUGAAAUGAAGGUUGACACACAGUAUAACAAUUAAAAUUAGGGAAUUUUGUUUCCAUACGGACAGUGAAGUACAGUAGGAAUGUUAACUGUAAUGUUGUGAGUGAAAUGCUCUCAUCUGUUCUCAUAUGAUACAUUCAUCACAAUCAUAACAUUUGAACACACACGCACACGCACACACGCACACACACACACACACACACACACACACACACACACACACACACACACACACAAUCAUCAAGUGUUGAUGUUGGUACAGUAUGUGUCUGGAUAUACAGUGUUUUGCUAAAUAUAUUCUUUGUUAUAAUUGGCUAUUUAUAUCAAAAUUAUUGAUUAAUACACAUCAGUCCUUGGAGUCUGAGAAAGGCUUGAAUCGUUCUGAUACAGAAAGUGCCGGAAUAACGAUGACCCUCGGUGAGCUGAUCUGUCAGAGUUUUACAUUCAUAAACACUGAAUCAUGCCCAGUGCUAGAAUGUCUUCAGUUCUGCCGUUUUGGCAACUUGACAUUUGAUUCUGUUGACAAUAUUCAGUCAAAAUAUUCCAUUCUUGUCCAGUUUUUAUCAAACCAGUAAGAAGCAGGUGGGCUGGUACUGAAGGAAAAUUGUGGUGUGCCUCAAGGUUCAGUACUAGGUCCAUUGUACAUCCAAAUACAGGGCAAUUCACUUGGUUUAGCCUUCCUGCACUUAGGCAUCGUGGAAAACACCUGUAGCUUCUGUGGUACUGUUCUCCUUACAACUGCUUCAGACUCUUAAAAAAAAGCCCUUUUGGCAUUCAGAUCUGUGUUCGAUGAGUUCAUGUCUGUUUAUAAUGUAUAUAUGGGUCUGCAUGGGUUUGUGUUCAGUUUCAGACCUCUCUGAGCAUAAAUGUCUUCAGUCCCACUGUAUACCCCAUAGUUGAGAAUAUAUAUUAUAUAUACUGUCCUCUACUGGACAAAAAUCGUGAUCUUCUUCCAGACAAGAAUGCAAUUACAAAAAUCGUUGUCCAGAAAUGUUUAAAAACAGCCAAAAAGACACAGAAGAAUUUAAAAAGAAAAGAGAGUGAAAAGAUGCUGGAGGAGGACUGGUUAAAGUGCAUUUGUUUGUCGUUCAUUUGUGUUUUACCCUUGUAACCGGUCGAUUGUCGCUAGGGUGGAGCGUCGUUGGGAAAACGGGCUGCUGAUGUUCAGUAAACGGAAUCUUUUGAGGUCAGGUAGAGAUGCUACAUUCAUGGCAUGACUUCUGACCUUUGACCCCAGGAGGGUAGGGU